GUCAGACCCCCUCGCCUAUGUCCGAAACUUCUCCGAACCCGGACCGGACCAUUCGUUACCAUCGGGUCCGGAUCAUCCCCAAACGCCUAUAAAACAUCUCUGUUUUUCUUUUUGGUCUCCCUAGCCUAUUUAUCCGGUACCGCUCGAUUAAGAUCGGAGGGACCAAAUGCCUCUAUCCAAAAUUCCACUUGUUAUAUAAACCGGACCUAACCCUAAAAUCUAGGAAAGCUGUCCCAUCAAUCCCGUCUCCGCCGCCGGCUGACCAACCCCCCUCCUUCAUCGGGAUCUGGCCGAUCCAAUCCAACAACGGCCGCCACCCUCCUUGGAAUCCCCCCGAUCAAAUGCAUCCAACCACCCACUUCCUCCAUCGAUCCACCGCAUGAGAGCGAGUGCUCCCGUGCCUCCCUCGAUCCUGCUUCGCUCGACCCCGCCGUUGCCGCCUCGUCGCAAAAUGGAGCCCCGGCGACCCUCCAAUGAUCCACCGCCCGGAUCCACCCCGUGCCAUCUUAUUUUCCUUCCGGAGCUCCUUCCCUUCGUCUCAUCCCUCUCCUGUGUUCUCUGUAACAUCUCCAUGGCCGCCCGAUGCUCAAGCAGCUACGGGGAACCGCUCCUUCGGCUUGCGUUCCUCGCCACCAACCGGAGCUCCGAUGGGAUCUCGCUGGACCUCGACCAGGACCUCGCCGUCGGUGCCCCGUUCUUCUAUUCUCACCUCUCGCUUUCCUUUCAGUGAGCUUCUCUGACCCUGCUGCGACGCCCUCUGCAGGUCGACAUCGCUGCCAUGGAACCGCAGCUCCGCCGUCUGCCCGCUCCUCGCCGGAGUGCCUUGCAGCGCCUCGCCUCCCAGCCAUGCUUCCCGUCCUGGAUGCCCGAACAAGCUCGCCGGUGUCCUCGCACCGUCUGCCACCAGCAGAACUAGGGCCCAUGCCUCGCGCCCUCCUCUUCAUCGUCCUUCGUCGCCUGGAGUCGUCGGUUGCUCGCGCCAAGUCCCGCCGCAGCGCCCUUGUUCCUCUGUCGUGGCCCGCGCCAUCCCCGGCGAGCAAGCCACCAGCAGCGCCACAGCCGUCCUCAUCCAUGUGCUCGAGUCCACGAGCGAGGACCUCGCUGCGUCCCUGCCCAAGGACCACCCGGUCCGCCUCCGCUAGCCACCUCCUCGAUGUGUCAUCCGUCAGAUUCGCCGUCGUCGCUCCCUGCAUCGCCGUUGCCUGCUGCGACCUCCUCUGCUUCGUCCAUGCCCCUGUUUUACCCGAGGGGAACGAGCAGCGCAGCCCGUGCUCGAUCUGCUGGCACGCGUUGACCGUAACCAUGCUCCGGGCCACUUCGACGCUAAGGCCCAACCGUGGUCUCCUUUCUGGCCCAGUUCCAGUUUCGACCAGAUCUGGCCCGAUCUUCGGUUUCGUUCCGGAGUUCUGAGGAUCCGUUCGACUAUGUCCGUUUGUCUGCUUCAUGGACUCAUUCUUCUUCCUUGCGGGAUCUCAGG